CUCGUGACCCCAACCUACUUCUUUUGCAAACAUGGCAGCAAGUACUGUUCAUGUAGCUGCCCCAGAAUCUGCGAAUACAGUUGCUGAAAUAUUCAAAAAGAUGUCAUAUGGACCUGCACCAGAAUCUGACAACGUUGUAAAGGCAUGGCUGGAUGACCAUGACAAAGCUUUUGGCCUUUUCAUUGAUGGAAAAUGGGUAAAGCCAGAGGGCAGAAAGACGUACACAACUAAAAACCCAGCCACAGGCGAAGUCUUGGCUACAACCAUACAAGCUGAGAAACAGGAUGUAGAUUUGGCUGUUAAGUCGGCCAAGAAGGCUUAUGCAUCAUGGAGCACCAUGAGUCCCCAUGUUAGGGCUAGAUACAUGUACAGUAUUGCCCGACACAUCCAGAAACACAUGCGUUUAAUGAGUGUCGUGGAGUCCAUGGAUAAUGGAAAGACUUUCCGGGAGACCAGGGAUGCUGAUGUUCCUAUUGUGAUCCGUCACUUCUACCACUAUGCCGGCUGGGCUCAACUGGCUGACACAGAAAUGAAGAAUUGGAAGUCUGUUGGUGUGAUUGGGGCUAUUGUACCAUGGAACUUCCCACUGAUGUUAUUGACAUGGAAAAUUGCCCCAGCAUUGGCCAUGGGGAACACUGUGGUCUUAAAGCCCGCCACCUACACCCGCUUGUCUGCUCUCCUGUUGGCCGAGAUCUGCGCUGAGGCUGGACUGCCACCUGGUGUCUUUAAUGUAGUCACAGGAAGUGGAGCCAUGGGGAGCCAACUUGCGGAUCAUGAGGAUGUGGACAAAGUGGCCUUUACAGGGUCCACAGGGGUUGGUCAAACUUUGAGGCGACUGAUAGCUGGGACGGGUAAGAAACUGUCCCUGGAGCUUGGAGGGAAAUCCCCUGUGGUGGUGUUCGAGUCAGCUGAUAUGGACAGUACUGUGGAGGGAGUAGUCGACGCUAUCUGGUUUAACCAAGGACAGGUGUGUAGUGCUGGGUCCCGCCUCCUGGUUCAAGAAUCUAUCCAUGAUAAAUUGGUUGCAAAGUUAAAGGAACGCCUCACUCAUUUCCGUGUCGGAGAUUCCUUAGACAAAGGGAUGGAUAUGGGAGCCAUUGUGGACGAGUCUCAGAGACGCUCGAUACAGGAGUAUGUUGACUCGGCUCGCAAGGAAGGGGCAGAGGUUUUCCAGAUUGAGUCCUCUAUUCCCACUAAUGGCUGCUUCUACCCUCCAACCAUCAUCACCAACGUACAGACGGUCUCCAGGGUUGUUGUGGAAGAGAUUUUUGGGCCUGUACUGGUGGUGCUGCCAUUCAGGACAACGAAAGAGGCAAUUACUCUGGCCAAUAACACAAUCUAUGGUCUAGGUGGCAGUGUAUGGACGGAGAAUGUAUCACUUGCCUUGGAGGUGGCUCUGUGUAUCAAGGCCGGUACUAUCUGGAUCAAUAGCCACAAUUUGUUUGAUGCCGCUGCUGGGUUCGGUGGCUACAGACAAAGUGGCUAUGGACGGGACGGUGGCAAGGAGGGCUUGUAUGAAUAUGCCAGACCAUCCUGGGAAGAUCGACCGAGGCCACCAAAAAUUGCCCUUGAUAUAAAAAAGUUUGGCUCAACUUUGGCUCAGCGACCAACUAUAGGAGAGGGCCAGCAGUCCAAUAUCAGUAUGGAUGGAGUGAACAUACCAGGAAUAGACAGGACGUACAAGAUGUACUAUGGCGGAGCACAGAAAAGACCUGAUGCUCCAUACGCAAGGCCAGUGAUUGGUGCUAAUGGAAAGGUCGUAGGUCAUGUUGGAGAGGGCAACAGGAAAGACGUCAGAAACGCAGUCGAGGCAGCUCAUGCAGCAUUUUCUGGUUGGGGUAAGAGGGCAGCACACAACAGAGCCCAGAUCACCUACUACAUGGCAGAGAACCUGGAGUUACGGCGUGAUGAAGUGGCUAGUAGAAUAAGUCAGAUGACUGGCAAGACCAUGGAUGAGUGUCGUGCUGAAGUUGACCUGUCUGUGAAACGUCUGUUCCACUGGGGAGCAUACUGCGAUAAAUAUGGUGGAACUGUUCAGGAGACGACCCUUUAUGGUGCCACAGUGAAGAUCCAUGAGCCCAUGGGUGUGAUUGGCAUUGCCUGUCCAGAUGACUACCCUCUCCUUGGUUUUGUGUCCCUGUUUGCCCCGGCUGUUGUCAGGGGUAACACAAUUGUCAUCGUCCCCAGCCAGAAGUAUCCAAUCUCUGCUCUUGAUCUCUAUCAGAUAUUUGAUACCUCGGAUCUGCCUGGUGGUGUGGUGAACAUUCUGACUGGAGACCGGGACCACUUGACUAAAUACCUGACAGAACAUCAGGAUGUCCAGUCCAUGUGGUACUUUGGCAGUGCUGAGGGGUCAGGGUUCGUCGAAUACACCUCUGCCGAGAAUGUGAAGAGAACAUGGGUAAAUUAUGGGCUGGACCGUGACUGGAAGGAUUCUGAACAAGGAGAGGGCGAAGAGUUCCUAUACCAAUCUGUACAGUGUAAAAACAUCUGGAUUCCAAUGGGCGACACAUUUGCUAACUGAGGGGGGGAUGAGGGACGAAAGAGAACGAGAGAGGAUUGAGGAAUUUAAAGUUACAUAUCUAAUCAGUGCUAAUCAAUACAAAGUGCUAGACUACUGUAAUUUAACUGAAAAGAAAUUAUUGACAGAAAUGUGUUUUUUUCCUUUGACAAAAAAGUGUACUUUGUGUUCAGAAAUGUACCUCAAUAAAACAUACCAUAUGUAGGUAUGUAUACAACUGCCUUCAGUUAUUGAAAAGGUGUCUGUUAUCGAGCUGAUAUCACUUUGGUGCAAAAAACAUUUUUAAUUGGUUAUCAAGUAAAUGCUUAUCUUGGAAUUGAUUGUCAAGAACCAGAUAUAUGAUAAUCUGAUUUGUAUAUGACUUUGCGGGUAUAUAUGUCGUGUAUGACUUGUUGGAAAGUAUUGAUUUUAAACAUGUUCAUGUAUGUUACUAUUAUGUAGUCAAGAAAAUAGAUAUAUAAACAAUAAUUUUAGAAGAUGUUAUACAGAAUCUCACUUAAAAUCUAUAAUUUUUCAUAUUAUUUUUUAACUUUACUUUGAAUUAUUUAAUUUUAACUAAGGCUAGUCAUCUUUUGUUAGAAGGAAAUACUUUAGUUUUUUUCACUCAAGACGUGUUUUGUUAAGAUUUCCUUUUUUUUUUUAAAAUACAUUGUACUUAUAUUUUUUGUUCCUGCUAGUGUGAUAGAGAGUAUUUAUGAUCAAUACUCUACUUAAUCAAAGCCAUGUCUUAGAAGAGUUUAAAUUUUUUGUGAAGUUUGAAAAGACUGAAUUAAACUUAGAUAAAUCAUUCUCUGAAGAGGUGUGUUGUUAAAAUUAUGUUUUUUUCUGUUUAAACAUUUCACCUUGCAAGUCAUUUGAGUAAUGUUGCUCCGAGGAAAAGGGGACAUAAGAUAUGCUGGUAUUGGCUAAGAGGAGGCUAUUUCAGGCAUUGUGUAUUAAAAGAUAUGCUGGUAUUGGCUAAGGGAGGCUAUUUGAGGUUUUGUGUAUUAAAAGAUAUGGCAGUAUUGGCUAAGGGGAGGCUAUUAGAGGUUUGAUGUAUUAAAAGAUUUGCUGGUAUUGGCUAAGGGGAGGCUAUUUGAGGUUUUGUGUAUUAAAAGAUAUGGCAGUAUUGGCUAAGGGGAGGCUGUUUGAGGUUUGUGUAUUAAAAGAUACGCUGGUAUUUACUAAAGGGAGGCUAUUUCAGGCAUUGCGUAUUAAAAUGGUUGAUUCAGAUAGUAGUUGUGGCAUAAUUAAUAAUUCAGAAACCACGAUGUUGGCUUUCCUUUCUCACUUUUACUCUCCCCCCCCUUUCAAUUGUUUUACUUAUGGUUAAAAGAAAGUUUUAAGUCAUGUCAGCAAUGACUUAUAUGAUGUUUUUUUGUGUAUACUUAGAAAUGCUCAAUGUGGUAAGCAUAUAAUUCUGUGUUUAUGUUUGGACUCAGAGUCAUAAUAUCUAGUUUAUGACGGGUUUGAUUGUUUCCACAAAUAUCAAAAUAUCUAUAAAUUUCAAUGUCAAUACUUACCAUGGUGAUUUAUUAAUUCAUUAGAUCUCUUGGUAUAGAGAUGUUCCGUCCUUUUGAACAAACAUUACCCGUUAUUCACUCGCGCUGUUCUGUAUUUUCUGAAGACAGUCCUUCAGUAGUCCAGUUAAUACAAUAUGAUAUAACUAUCCUGAUGAAGGGUUGUUUUGUGUUUGUGUAGGUCAAGAAUAAAUCUGUCCUUUCAGAUUAUAUUAGUAGAAACAUUUUCAACUUCUUGUUAAGUUAAUAAAUGUAUUGCAUGAUGAUAAUGAUCCUCAUGUGGCUAGUGUUUUCUGUUGUACAUGUGUCCCAGACAUCUUGUUUUAGCCUCGGCGUACCGAUUAUAAACAUGUUAUACUUUGUACCUCCAGAAGGGUCUAGUACAGUAUCAUAAGCCAAAGCAUUAGUGUCUUUUUGAUAUAUUCUUUAAUCCAAAAAUGAAGUGUUCUUGCAUGUUGAAAUGUAUUACAAUUGUACAUGCAAUGUUAAUUUUAUUCCAUGCCAAUAUUUGCAUGUAUUGAACUUAGCCAUGGUCCCAAUCCACACAUGACCAAAUGUGUACAUAGUAUGACAAUGAUCUGUUGAGAGCAGGCAUUUCAUUGAUCACAGCAUUGGGUAGACGCAUAGGAUGAUGGGCCCGCUUUCUGUAAUACAAAAUCAAAGUAAUUGCCACAUUGGAACGCACUUCGAUUAAAUGACUUUUCUUACAUGUAUAAAAUGUUUAACCCUGUCCUGAUUCAUUGUCAGAGCUGUAAUCUUCAUAUAUUAUUUUGUCAAACUGACACUAAUUGUAGAGGAGGAGGAACAUUCAUUUAUUAUAGAUAUUUUCUGGUUGGUACUUUGAUUUAUCCUGUUGCUUUUAUCAUACCCCCGGUAUUCUGUUCAGUAUCAAAUCCUGUACUAGGGAUUUGUUUUCAUAUGUUGUACAUUGACCAAAAGAAGUUUCAUAUACCCGAACAAUGUAUUCAUGUAUGACAUUAUAAUGUAAAUGAAGUUUAUUGUUUAACCUGUUAUCUACACUUAAAUGUACUGGAAGGUAAAGUCUGGAAGAUGGCCUGAAAAAUCAGGUACUGUAAACGUUGAAAUUUAUGUGAGGGGGAAAUUUACGCUGAUUAUGCGGACUCCUUUUGUUAACGAAAAUUCCCCCCACGUUUAUUAUUUGAUAUCAAUUUGCGUAAUCUUGAACUACAACCGAAAGUGAAUCGAUCGCCAAAAUUACCCCCACGCAUAUUGUUUACAUAUUGAAAUCGCGAAAUUAACCUCCCGCGAAAAUAAUCAUGUUUACAGUAACAGGUCUGUGUCAGUUUAAACUGUUUUAACCUUAUAAGUUUGUUGAGGACAUAUUUAGGUUGUUUGCCAUAUACCAUGAACACAGGCCAGUUUAGUCUUUAGUUUUGCCAGAGAAUGUUUUUUAUAUUUUGAAUGAAGACAAUGAUUUUAUGAUGUUCUGCAUGAUCACUUUAUAAAUAAAUAUGUUCAAUUACAAUAUAUAAUGGAGCAAUGAUUUUCAAAUUUCAAAAGAAUUAUGCAUCCAAAUAUUUUCAGAAGAAAAGCAACAUGUUUGAAGACCAGGUCAAAUGGUGUCUAUGAGUCAUAUAAGUCAUUGAAAAUUGAAAACCAAUCAUGAUCCUAAAUCUUGUGGUGAUUCGAGAAAUGUCACAUCUUUAAAUAUAUGAAUAAAGUUACUUAUAACUUCCUAA